CAUACGGCUGUCAAGCGAAAAAGCAACAUGGCGCGUGUGCUUUGUUUUGAUCCAGUGGUGCACCAACCUUGAUGGUUAGCAGAGUUGUGCGCAAACCGUGAACAUCGUGCAAGGAGACUAAAACCAAACCUGACAAAACCUUGCUUCAGACUCAAUUGAAUUCAGUUUAAAAUGCAAUAAGGCAAAGAGCGGAAAAGUGCAAACUACCCACAAUGAGUAAUAUGUAGCGUGCCGAUAGAAGAGAGUGUUGCAUCCUACCGAACAGUCCGUUGUCGUUGGUUAAAAUGGACACCGGAAGAGUGGAGCCUGAGCCGGUUAGCUGCGAUCAAUGCCUGCUGUGUCAGUUAAACAGUACCGAUCGAAAUUUGGUAACCGAGCGACUCGACUCCGGCCAAGGCACCGUGGCGGAUGUUAUCUGUAAACAUUUUUGGCUUUCGGCAGCGACAUGCACAGGCCGAUACAUCUGCACCACCUGCUGGGAUGUGACGUAUUCGUUUCACAAAUUCUAUCUCGAAGUGGAACGGUUGCAUUCACCACUAGAUCCGGCCGCGGUUAAGCAAGAGCCACCAGCUGCACCAACCCAAACAAAGCAGCAAGCGGACACAACGAAAGCCGACCAGCUCGUCUGGCUGAACGAGGGCAGCACGCUCAUCACGAACGUGAACGAAGUUUUCGUGAAGGAGAGCUUACCAGAAAGCGACGAUGAACCGGCCGAAGAGGACGAAGAUUCCGACGAGGAUGCAAACAUUCCUUUGGCAACGCUCAAGCAGGCAGCCAAACCGCCCGCCACGAAAACGCUCGUACCUCUGCAGCAGGAUGACGACGGCACGGCAGGAAACGCUCCAUUCCCCGGGGUAGGUUUGUCCUUGUGCCGCAUUAGCGGCAGUUCGCUGGAGCUGCUUUGCCACGAUUGCUACCGGAAGUCGAACAAUGCGAACAGCAGCGAGCGAAGCAAGGAGGGAGCGCGCUUUACCUUUGCCGCACUGCUGAAACACUACCGGCAGGUACACGGCAAGCCGGGGUACGCGGUGUGCUGCAAUCGAAAGUACACGCGGCGACGGUCGCUCAAGAUGCACCUGCAGACGCACGGCCGGAAGUUGGUGUACCGGUGCGUGCCGUGCGGCAUCAAGUUCCGCAAGCAGGAGUCGCUGGACGAGCACAACCUGCUGAUCCACACGUCGGAGGAGGAGAAGCGGUACCGGUGCGACAAGUGCGACAAAGCGUUCGCCACGGAGCAUCUGCUCAACUCGCACGGCCUGUGGCAUGAGAAUGUGGCCAGAAAGAACAUCACCUGCAGCGUGUGCAACAUAUUCUUCACCAGCCAACCGUCGCUGAAAAAGCAUCGCGCACUGCACCACCCUUCGAUGGAGAGCAGCGAUGUGAGCGUACCCUCCACCAACGGCAGCACUGCAGAGGCGGUCGACGAUGAAAAAUUAGUCGCCUCGCAGUAUCGCACCCGCAUUUCGGCCACGGAAAUCGGCGAACAGGAGAAGCUGAUCCGGCGCCACUGUCUGCUGCACUGCAGCCGGUGCGCCUUCUUCGGCGAAAGCUUCACCCAGCUCAAGGAGCACGCGGCCGAGGCGCACGGGCUGCGCAGCUGCGACGUCGUGUGCUGCGAGCGCACGUACAGCAAGCGGCAGUCGCUGUACGAGCACUGUCUGGUGCACGAGAAUCCCGACUGCUUCCGGUGCGACGUGUGCGGCAAGAGCUACUCCAGCAGCCGGAGCCUGCAAAACCACAAGUGGCGGAUACACACGCCCGCGGCCGAGCGCCCGUUUCGCUGCGACGUCUGCGGCGAAACGUUCGUGAAGGAUUACCUGCUCAAGCAGCAUCUCGUGCAUCAUUUGGCGAAGCACAAAAAGCUAAACCACUGCGACGUGUGCGAGCGCUCGUUCACGACCGCGACGGUGCUCAAGUGCCACCAGCAGACGUACCAUGGUGGCGGCUUCGCCCUGAUCUGUGAUAUCUGCGCGAAGGGUUUCAACAGCCGGGCGUUGUUCGAAAACCAUCGCCUGACGCACUCGGUCGAAGGCAAGUCGCAGCUGAAGCAUCAGUGCGAACAGUGCAAGAAAUGGUUGCGCAACAAGAAAUCCUACCAGCAGCAUCGCAUCCGCUGCCACACGAACGACGGUCCGGUGACGUGCAAGUUCUGCGGCAAGGAGUCGGUGAACGCGAGCGCCCUCAAGUCGCACGUGCAUCUGCAUCACGCGGCCCGGCCCGAAUACCCCUGCACGCUGUGCGACAAACGGUUCAAGACGGCACUGCGGUUGCGGGAGCACGAGGCGACGCACACGGGCACGGCACUGUACCGGUGUCCCUGGUGUCCGCGCACGUUCGCCUGCGGCUCGAACAUGUACAAGCACAAAAAGGCGGGCCACCCGCUCGAGUGGGCUGCCUCGGUGAAGCAACGGUUCGGCGAGCGAUGAGUGCAGCGGCUCUAAAGGUUGGACUAAGCAAAGGCUGGACAACUCGCGAUUGCAAUGGGUUGCCGGUGAGCUUUUGGAGCGUUUCUACGAGUCGGACGGGAACAGAGUAUUGGUUAGAUUGUAAUAGGUCUGCAGGAAAAGGAGGGCAAUAAUGCAAUUUUUAGAUUACAUUAGUUAAAUUAUUAAAUACUGCAAUGAUUGAAUUCCGGUGUUAGUGGUAAGUAUCGUCUAUUUAGGAUUUAUAGGAAUUUGGUUGGUUAGCAAAUCCUAAUUGAACAAAAAAACGAUCAAAAUGUACAAAAAGCGAUCAAAAUUGCAAA